ACGAAGUCAACUAGCACAGCGGCCAAUACAGGCAGCCCACAGAAAUCGUUGACCAGCGGGCGCCAAACCCACGCCGAAAGCGACGCGAGCGGCGAGCCAAAUAAAAGGGCUGGAGGGGGAGGAGCCUGCAGCGAUCCAACCCGCCUCUCAAAAUCUUUCUCCUGCAGCGAUCCACCGCCAGCGCCAGCAUGAUCUCCCCGCGCCCCGCGCUGUCGCCCAGCUUCCUCGCCUUCCGGCCGGGCUCCCCGGCCGCGUCCCCGCCGGCCUCCCCGCGCCCCAACGUGCCGCCGCCCCUCUCCGCGUCCUUCUCCGCCUCCGCGGCCGUCACCGCGCCGGACCACGCGGCGGCCGCCAGCUCCUCCUUCUACGACGUCCUCGGCCUCCGCCCGGGCGCCAGCCCGCGCGAGAUCAAGGCCGCGUACCGCCGGCUGGCGCUCGCCGUCCACCCGGACGCCGCCCCGCACCCGGCCUCCUCCUCCUCCUCUGAGGACUUCAUCCGCGUCCACGCCGCCUACUCCACGCUCUCCGACCCCGACAAGCGCGCCGACUACGACCGCCGCCUCCUCCUCCUCUCCGCCCGACGCCACGGCGCGCACCCGGCGGCGCUCGGCCGCUCGCCCACCUUCCCGGCGCGCCGCUCCCGCCGCACCUGGGAGACCGACCAGUGCUGGUGACAGCGUAAAGAUCUCCCGCGCCCUGCGGCUGGGGCGGCCCUCGCUGUCCCCGUCGGGCCGCGGAACCUUCCCAUUUGGAUGGAACCUUCCCAGAAGAAUGGUGGUACAGCCUCCCUCGCACGCCGUCGCCGGCGACCUGUAAAAAACGCAUGGUGUGUGACGUCCCCCUUUUUGGAUCGUGGAUGUGUAUGUGUGACUUUGGCCUGGUUUUGUGAUAGGAUCUAGGUUGCCUUAAUCUACACUGGAGAUAAGGCUGAUGGCUGCAGCAAUAAUGCAAUCCAAGUUUUAGCAGAAAG